UGAAUGGUGAAUAGGAAAUUGUGCUGUCAGGCAGAGAAAAUUUCAUUCUUCAUAGGCAAAGUUUUCUGUGCUUUCUGCAGUAGAAGUAAUCAAAACGUAGUACAAAGUAUUGCUAAACCAUCGAACAGUCGUCAAACUAUCAAGUGCUUAACAGUGAUUGCGAGCAGGGACAUUUUGCUAAUUGUGAGAGCAUCCGAGGAGAGCUACUAGCUGAAAAAAAUUUACUAUAUUUCUACAGUGUUAAUGUUAAUUGAAUAGCGGGUUUGAAAAAAUGUUUUUGUGCUAGAAUGCGAUUACUAUCUGCGGAGAAAAACAAAGGAAGAGAAUUUGCUGACGCUUUUUCAAAUUAAGGAAACAGUUUUAUCUCGACGAGCGAUUAGAUUUAGCUGCAGCGAUUGGAAAGGAAAAGUGAUUGCUUUUUCUCAAAACUGAUUUUUGUCGCGAUGGCCACAAGUGAUGAUCAGUGGCUAAAGGAGGACGGCUAUUUAAAUGUAGACACUGAAUCAGUUCGAAUCGUGUACCAUCCGUUUUUAAAUGUGAUCCUAGUGUUCACUAGGUUAGGUGAGGUCAAGGUGCUAGAUGUGAAUUCUGGGGUUAUUCUGCAGAGUUAUCAAAUUUCCAGUGAUGAUCCUCCACGAUGCCGCUAUCUGCCCGAUCAGGAUAAAAUCCUGUUUUGGAAUGGUCGUAACGUAUCGAUGCGUGGUGAUUACAACGGAGUUCUACUACUGGAUACGAUUCUGCAGGCACCAAUUGCACAAGCAGAUGACAGCAUCCGAAUAGAGUUCCUGCUAUCGGAAGCUGUACUGUUUCUUCAGUGUUUGCAGAAUUUGGAACAGCACGGAUUGGAAAACACUGCCGACGUUACGAAUGAACUUACGCUGAGAAUCGGAGAGGCACAGCAACAUGCAAAACGGGGAAUCAAAGCACAGAAGUGGGAAACCGUUUGCUUGGAGCUGCCUCACUCCUCUCUGCGUAUGGUUGCUGGUGGAAUGGUUAUGCAGUUGAAGCGAUUAGAUCGACACAUCCCAGCACUUGCGAUCGCUUCCGCGAUCAAUGAACGGUUAACGGAUUUGCUGGAAGGAGCCCGCGUAACGGAGCCAACCACGUUAAAUCGUUUUCAUAUGUUUUCUGAAGCCACACGAAGGCAAACCUUCGAAGGAUGGCCUCAUAUGGAUUAUAAAUGGGUUUUGCCUGACCAAAUGGCCCAGGCUGGAUUUUAUCAUUAUCCAGGAGAUAAUGGGAACGAUGACCGAGCGAUGUGCUUCACUUGUAACGUUUGUUUGGUGUGCUGGGAAAAAACUGACGAGCCGUGGAGUGAGCAUGAGCGACAUUCUCCUGAAUGUCCAUUUGUGAAGGGAGAGUUUACGCAAAACGUGCCACUAUCGGUGACGUAUGCUACUAGUCCUGCUGUUGCAACCGGUGGAUUCCAAAUCAUUUCAUCCGGUGAUCGUGGUAAUGUGUUCUGUACCGGAAACCCAACAUCCAAAAUAAGUGUGUGGAACAUUGAAAGGCAGUUGACAAAAGUUCACGACUUCGAAAUUAAACUGCAUCCAGAUAUUUUGACAACAACUUCCAUAAGCCCAACAGCAUUGAUCAAUGAAAUAGAGCUGAAUGCGCUUGCAACGUACUUUGUAAAACCAUUGAGUGGCAUUCCGAAGCCCAAAAUGGCCACACUUUCCUUAAAACCGAAGAUGCUAGGAACGAAAAUUAUUUGCGGCGUACAAGUUCAUAGUACGGAACCGGAUUCGAACAGAUCAGCAACAUUUCUGUUGAUUGUAUACAAUAUUGAAGAUCCGAUCAGUUCAUUGGAGGAACACACGCCAGCAAUCGUGGGCAACACUAAACAAGCUAAUAAUUCUAUUUUGAACUCACCUGUCAUCCCUAUCCCACCGGUGAAGAAAACUUCUCUCAGCACAAUUGACGAAAAAUACGAGGACAAUUUCUUAAAAUUCCUAUCGGACAAUCCCGAUUCGCAGCUGCUGGAAUCAAUAGAUAAGUUGAUCUGCAUGGACACAUUGAAGAAAGCGGAAUCGAAACUGAGUCAACAGUUCGGUGCUAAACUUGACGAUACGUUGACUAAACUUAUCGAAGCUUCUUCUUCGUCGUCGGCGGCAUCAAUGGGUGGUUCAUCGACAGAUAAGUUUGUCGGAAACGAAUUUACUAUGCAGCCACCACCACCUGCUGCUAAAUCAUCGCCGAUCAAUUUGGGUUUAGGCACCGGUGUUGGCAAUUUUAAGGGCCCUACUAGUAUGUUAUUCACAAGUCCGAAUUUGAGUAGUGGUAGCAGUACGCCUUCUUCUACGAAGCUUCUUUCGGUCAAAGCAUCAGUGACAGACAGUAGUAAUGUCCCGAUGGUUCUACCGACAUCCCCUAGCGUCGUCCCAUCAAGCUGCGACAUUAGCUGCAUUCCAUUGCAGUAUAUUGAAUUACCUAACCCAGACUCACAUCAACAGUACUGUCUUGAGCAUGUUAUUCCGUCAAGUGAUAAUAAACAUCUGUUGGUUGUUUUGAGAGCAAAGCAAAAGGUUACUGAGGAUAUCGUUAUCGAGAAUAAACCAGAGAAUGCAGCAGCUCUCGAAGAUACAGAUGAGGAAGUUGUUGGUGAGAAGACGAAAACAAUAUUGUAUUUGUACUCCUUGAACGAGGAAGGUUUGAUUCGGCCGGAUGAACCUAUCGAAAGGCUUUUGUCUGAAGAUGAAGCCCCAGUUGAAAUCGUAAUGCUUCCUAGGUUUGAUAGCAGUGGACGAUGCUUCGGUGGUCCUGAAACGGAGUGCGGAAUAUUUGUGAUGACUUGUGCCGAUGGAAAGUUAAGAGUUAUUUCUCUAAAAACUUUCGGAACAAUAUCUGAAGCAAGCGUGAAAGAUGACCGCUUUGUAUCCGCAACUUACUGCAAAAGCCUUGAACGUCUGUGUGGUUGCACAGCUAGCGGCUGUCUUCACUUUUAUUCGUUUUACGAUCUUGAUGCAGAUUCUAGUGACGAGCGAGACGAUGAUGUCACCAAUAUUAUGGGUAAUAACAGCAUCAAACUCGCUUGCAAUGAUCAGAUCCAGUACGAUAUGCAAGCAGCUGGGACUUCGGUUACCAGUUCAGUUGUCAAUAUGUUAAAGUAUGAGGCUACACCAUCAACCUCUUCAUCGCCAGCGCAAGUUUUAGCAACUGUAUCAGCGCCGAAUAGUGGAAACGCUCGGAUUUCAGCGGCCGAUAGUCAACAGUCAGGAGAUGUUUUAUUUGCAUAUAAAACAGAACUUUCGAUGAACACGUUAAGAGUGUUGUAUUCUUUAACAUUGUUCAAUGAUAUGCUUACGCCGUAUUCAGCCGAAGUACCUGGCUGCUGGAGUGAACUUGAACAAGCUCAAAAGCAGCGCCGGCAUCCCCAACAUUUGCGGCCAGGCGACGAUACGCACCUAACAAAAACCUGGCGAUUGCACAAUGAUGCCUUCACUUGGGACGACCACCUAAUUGAGUUAAAUCUACCUAAGUGUACCUCCUUAGGUCACAUAGAUUUUAAAUUUUCUCUCUAUCAACCGUGUACUAGUCCACCUGCAAUUCAAGUAACUUUGCUAAAGCAGAAAUCAAUCGGAUUGUGUUCAAGGCGAAAAACCCAGUCGAUUAAUCGUGUCGAUGAAUCCAUAAACUUCAACAUAGGAUCAGUUGACGGAAAAACAGAUUUGGUUGAAAAUCCUGUACUAAGUGAAGAGUACCUUCAGGCAAGAAACGCAGAAAUUCUAGUUGGACCUAUAGAACUGGCCGCUUGCAUGGAUUUAAGCGAACAGGCUGGUUCUGUUACGCUAACUAGUCCAAAAUUACUAAAAUCCAAAGGGCGCAAUUAUCUGUUGCACAUUAAAACAAUGACAGAUCUUUCCAAAGAUGGACAGGCAAAAACCAGAGUUCCAGUGCGUAAGAAGGGCAUAACCAGUAUCCUGCUAACAUCAUUCGCAAAUAUUUCGCAACAAAAUCACGCCACCGCUACGAACCACGCAACGACGGCGGCGGCGGGGACCACGGGCAAGGACGGCAUCAGUUUCUUUCCCGACUCCGCCGGCCCUAAUAAGACUCGCAAAAAUGACUUUUACAUAGGUUGCGACUGGUUGAAUGAAAUAUCUAUAACGGUACGAUCUACUAAACAAGUUUACAAGGUCGAAAAUGAGCGUGCCCAGCGGCUAGCGAUGUUGGAAUCCAACCUACUUUUGAGUAAUCUUCUCAAACUUCUCUACACCGAGGAAGAGGCGUUCCAGUUGCAGCAGAACAUCGUAUUCGACAUUCUCAUAUGGGUCGUCUCCAUUCGAAUGGUUCGCUAUCGAUACCCAAAGAAUCCGUUUGCCAAGAAAGUCAUACUAACAGAGAUCAAAGAUGUGGCUUCAAGCGACGUAAAUGUGCAACAAUCCGAGUGCAUUCGCAUCAUCGAACGCCAUCUGGAGAACAUCAUUAGGCAUUGCAUUGUGCUGGGCAAUCGCAGUAUUGCGCACAAAUGUGUGAAACUCAUCAGCCUAGUUCUCGAUGGCGCCCAGAACAUGAUCGACAAGGACGUGUGUAACUCGUUUGAAAAGUCACUCAAACAGGCCAUCAUAACCUGUCUGCCGGAAAUAAUCAACUCAAACCACGCCGGCGCACUGCGUUGGUUUACAAUGCUAAUUUCGGGUGCUUCGACUUACGAUUCGCAUGGUCUUAUUUCGGAAAAAUGCAUCUUCCUCUUGACAGAAGUUGCGAGCGAGAUGCGCAAACGGAGUAACCCGUAUACGGCUUUGCUAAGAACUCGCUUCGGUUUGUAUGGGUCUCCGUUCGAGGCCGAGAUUUUCGAUUCUCAACCACUGACAGCGAAAAACAACAAUAUGACAUAUUCCUGCUCAAUCACGAAGACCACGGGAACGGGAGCAAACAACCAGUCGAUAGACCUGCGUUCGGUUUGCAUUGCCGAUGGCUCGGAGCUAAAGUUCCUACCGUUGCAGUUGAGGCGCAGGGGAAUCGGCAACCAUUUCAAAGGUUUACUAGAAGUAGAACCCUUGCAUUACGUAUGUAGUUCAACUUCGGAUGCCACUCGCCUAGAGAAUGUAGAUGCUAACAAUAUUCAAGCAACUAACAUCAUUGACGAUUUUCUGAUGGAGAAUAAUACCCAGAACAAUAUCGAAACGGUACAAAACCACGUCAAAAUGGACGACAAGGAAAAUCUGGAUGACGAUAUGAUGAACAACGUGAAGAACAUUCUGGUGGACAAGAUUUUCUACUCCGCCCUUAAGAAGCAUAAAAUGAAAGAUGAUUUCAACGAGGCGAAGAAAACGGCAGAAGAAAUCGAUUCACAGAAUGAGAGUUUCAAUGAAAUCGAGAGUUGGGGACCUUCCAACGAGCCAAGAAUUGUGUUCGUGGGAGAAAAUGCCAAUGAAUCAUCGAUAAUUUAUGACAAAUCACAAGCAUCCAUCGCACUAAACAACAAGAUACAGGAGUUUUUCGAAGAAGGCAACACAGAUGAGAGUGCUAAUGGGCUUCCGUGGCAUAAACUUUUGAGUACCCCACCAAAGCAGACAAUCGUCGUGGAAAGGAUGCAUUCUGGAGCAAUGCGUUAUAUUACGCUGGACUUUGGAGCGCCGAUUAUGCUGACCGAUUUAAUCAUUCCUUCUUGUUCGGAUUUGGCAUCACUGUUUAUUGACAUUUGGUGCUUCGAAGAAGAAGCGGACAGCAUUCGUCUUGUUGUCUCCCAGGAUAUUGGUUCUCGUACACUGGUACUAAGCGAUUUACAACCACCACCAAUAUGUCGCUACCUUAAGAUUACAAUCACCGGUAGGUACGGAAUGUCCGCUACGAGAUGUCGAAUACCUAUGGGAUCAUUUUAUGGUCAUAUUGUAAUCUUGGAUCGCGAAGGUUAUGGAGAUCCCGUGAUGAAGUAUCUCAAAAACAGAAAAAUCAAUUUACCGGCUCAAGUGAAAAUUCUCAAAGCUCUGUACGAAGACGUUCAUUGUCGCUAUUGUCUAUCCAGCAGUAAAUUGAUAGACCUAUUGCAACCGUUAGUAAACAGUGAGUCGUCGAACAUUGCACAUAUGCAGGCGUUUUUAAAUCGUAUCAAAGAGAAUAAUGGAGACACAACAGGAUCUAGCCAUGCCAAUUCAGCAUUCCCUGACAACCAUAAGGUGUACGCUACGUAUGAAGAAUGCAUGGCUUUCCAGCAUCAGCUGAAUGUUAUCAAAAGGGUAAUUGAUCGCAUCAGAGGUCCCUUACCAUUGGCUGAACUCCCAAAACAACUGAAGGUGGGGUCCGAUCUGUCUUCUCUCUACACCGACAAAUUACGUGUUCUCAGUGAGUGCCUCAUAGAAACGCUUCUACACUUGAUCACCACCUAUGGAAUUCAGAAUGUAACCAACAUCUAUCCGUACUUCGAUCUGAACACAUGUAAUCUUCUAUUCGAUACCCUAGUGAUCAACGGCGAUACUCACAUUCAAUUGGCGACAUGCUCAAUGCUUGUUAGAAUGUGCUGCUUCCAAUCGUGGUGGGGCGAUUUUCUGGCUGACAAGUUUUUCAAACUGUACUCGUCACAAAACAGCCGCAUAUUCCCCCAGGAUCGUGUGUUUUUCCUUCUCACCUAUCUUGGUAGAAAGAGUAUUUCCAUGGGCAGUUGUCGAUCCGUCGUAAUUGAUGCUAUACUGAAGAGUUUGGCAACACUACUUGCCCCCCUAUCGACGAACAGUUCAAGUGGGUUGAAUAUCUGGUGCAACACCGAUCUCAAUCUACUGGGGUGGAUUCUACUGUUUUUAUCGGUUUGUCUCGAUGACGGCACAUCCGAAAGCAAAAAGGAUCAAAGUAACAUGCGGUGGGAUUUUAUGUCCGGGGAAACCGAUAUGGUGAAAGCGCGCCUCAAUAUGAGCAAUGGAGGCUUGAGGACAUUGACUAGAACAUUCAAAAAGAGAUUUCUCCAGAGUAAGCAUUCAAGUUCCGGAUUAAGUAGUGGGAACAGUAACGCUAUUGGUGAAAAAAUGUACACAAUACACACCGAUGCAUUGCAGGGUGCCGCUAGUAAGCUAGAAAUGGCACUUAAGCAGCACGAGAAUCAACUGAAGAAAUUACAAAAUAGCGUAAAACAAUCAUUUGGCGAUUAUUUCAACGAUAUCACUAAGGGCAAAUCAAUUCGCAUUCCUUGCGGCACGGAUGGCGUCGCACGAAACACACUGGGUGGUAAUGGAUUAAACAAUAAUAACUCGGAUGGUAGUACGAAUGAUAACGAAACAGCAUUCGAUAAAGGACUGAAAUCGUUGAAAAUUGGCAAUAUAAUAGUAGUGAUUCGCGGACUGAUCGGGUUGAUUCUAAGCAUGAAUUUCACUUGCAAUAUGGAUUUGUUUUUGAUUACAUGCAAAAUCAUUGCGCGCUUGGUACUAGCAUGCAGACCAGUAGUUCAACUAUCGAAAAUUAUUACCACCAACCAGCUGCUACAACUAGUAAGAAUUGCGGUUUGGGAAAAUCAACAGCAGCCAUGGGCUGUUCAUGCCAUCACCUGUUUGCUUCAGGAUGUACUCGAAGCCGAUAAGAACUAUAAAGAUGAUGAGAAUGAUUCCGGAAAUUCCAGCGGAGAUGAAGCAUUACCUUCAGUAUCUGAACACGGCUCGUCAAGUCGACCACCAGCAAUGGAGACCGCAUUUAAACCGGUGAUGAAUAAUAUACAAGUCACUAAAGACGUCAGUUAUGCGGAUGCAGUUAAAAAUCAGCUACCGUCUUUGAUGGAAUGCGAUGAUGCCGAUAUGGAGGAUAUUCUUAUAUUAGACGACAUGCUAGAACGUGAGAAGCGAGUUUUCAAAAAAGAUGCUAAUGCUAGUGUAACGAGCAGCCGCAAUGGACUUACGUUUUUAUACAAAACUAUCUCCUCCGCGAUGGACGCCCGACUUGAAAUUGGUUUAGACACAAACGUGGAAAUAACUCUCCGGAGGCUGGCAAUGAAAGCUACUUUCAAUCUGAUCGCAAGCCUGCCCCAAGUUACCGCUGGGGACUCACUGAACGCCGCAUGCAGUCCUGAGCUAGAGGGAUGGCCGGAUGCGAUCGUAGAAGCUUGGUCCGGUAUCGAGUAUCAGCAGGGUAUCGAGACAAAUGCAAUGCUUACGGAAGUGUUCGAUAACAUAUUGUGCGAUUUGCAUCUGGUGGAUUCAUGGUUAAACUUGGAGAAAAUUUUACAACUUUGGUUGACUCUUAAUGGCGAAACAUUGGAGCAGGUUCCAGGAAGCAAUGCGCCAGGGCUAAAUGCGUACUCUUUCCCGAAAAUACCUUUCGGGGAUCGUGCCGUCCAUGGUCUGCUGAAUGCGUUGGCCACUCAUCCAAACAUCAAGUUACGAGCUUGGUGUCUGGGUUUCCAAUGUUUGAUUUUGGCAUGCAAACCACACUUCGAGGCGGAUUAUAUCGAUGCAAACUGCACUAGUAGUGAUAAUCAUUUUCGCAGAAUGGGCAAUCUUAUUGUGAGUGAUGACAACUUUGAAAAGAUGCUGCUGCGUUUCUUCUCCGGUGUAGAUCAGUCACUUUCAUCACUCGAUAGCAACCGAUAUGCCGGUCCGACGGUGUGUAAGCUUGUUCUAGAAUUAUUCAUAUGGCUGGAGCUAAAGUGCAACGUUAAGGAUAAACUGAAAGAGAUAUUGUUGAAGGUGAUUCUGCAUCUGGUGCAAUACGGCGGCGCCAUCUCCAACCAACAAGGACCGAUUGAUGCACAAAGUCAACUGAUCAAGGAGUUACUUUCAUUUUCAUACGACAAGAGCGACCUUGGAGUUGCCAUGAGCAUUAUCGAAUGUGUCUCUCAUCUGGUAUACAACAACAUUGUAAAUGUGGAAAAACUGUACUGCUACCGUGCAUCAGAAACAAGCAGUUCGAAUAACAUGUUUGGCACACGCUUUGGCAGCCUGUUCGCGACGGUUCUUGGAUCGGAAAAUGCACGACAGUGCAAAACCGUUACAGACAACACUCUGCUGAUCGAUCUGCUUAAACUAGCUUCGAUACUUGUCAACACCAAAAACCCCCGAACUGGCGAAGACAGCGCUACAUCAUACGAAAAUGCACCCUUUAAUGAACUUAACACUUCCAGCGAAAGCCAGACAGAUGAAAUUAAAGCAGAACAGCAGCAUAUCGAGCCGAGACCAAAGACACCUUGCUUCGCAGAUACGGUUCUACAGCAUACACCAACGAUGACACGAUUAUUAAGUUCCUUGUCACAUUGUUCCAACUCAUCGUUUGCUAUGCUCGUGGCUUCUUCAAUGUAUUCCUCUACCAUAAAUGAAGCGAAAAACAAUACUCUUAGUGAGCCACAAACCGUAGCUGACGCCGUUUUCCAGCUGCUACUUUAUCUCAGUCGCACUGCCACUCAGAAUGUUUUAGUAGUGAAACCAUUGUUCGACUACAUAAACAAUGCCGCAAUCAUGUGUCAUGCUAUGCCUAAACUCCAGUUAUCAGAGCCCUUUCUGUGGUUCAUCCUAAAAGUUCUGGAAACGUCUUCUUCUGUCGCAAUAUUCACCGAAAUGGGUGGCAUCAAAGUGCUGUGUGAAAGUCUGGUUAGAAGUAACCGGGCACUGAUUAAUACACAACCUAGUCUAGUAUCCAUGAUUAUGCAGCGUCUAUCCAAAUCGUCGAAUAUUCAGAGCUCUCACUCGAGCUCUUCGAAGAAAAGUUCCAUCACUAAUCCACGCAAUGAAGACGGCCUGAUAAAUUUCGCACCCUAUUGUACUAUAUCGUCGGAAAAUCAAACAGCUCAACCUGCGGAUGUUCUGAUUCAAGCACCAAUUGCAUCACAUAGACGAGCACGGAAUCCAGCUUGGAGUUACCUGUUCUACCCCAACGAGUCCCACGUUGAUCUGACUAUCACGCUUCCAACGGCAGUGCUGUUGAAGGAAGUACAGCUUCAACCACAUGUUUCGACACUUGGCUCGUGUCCGUCUGCCGUGGCAAUAGAAAUUACCCGAGAUAGUAACCUUGGUCCCAUUCCAAUCACACAACCAAUAUCAACGGUCGGUAUGACAUGUAUUCGAUUGAAAUUCGCUCAGCCAGAAAUCGCGACCAGCGUAAUUAUCCGAUUGUAUCGACCACGCGAUGCCACAAACAUUGGACUGACACAAAUUUCAGUGCUCGGAACAACUACAUUCAGUGACGCUAACUACGGCACAGCAAGUACUUCUAACUGGGCCAAUGGGAAUUUUUCCGGUGGUGUAUCGAAACCUGGUGGUGAUGCUCUCAAUGAGUAUAACAACGAAGACGACAAGGUGGCGAAAACAAGCUUAGGAUGGCUCAGGAUCCUCGCCCAGUGCUUCAGCGUUGUUAUUUAUGCUUCAGAUCAACUUCUUUCCAACCAAGUUAUUAUGGCAGCGACCGAAGUUCCGGGUUUUCUCGAGGCGUGCUGUUCCUUGCUAAACAUUGCCCCAAGCAGCCCGAAUAUUGCUCUCCAGAACUUGGAAACCGUACUUUUAAAGCUUGGACUGUAUAGCCGCGAAUUCGGACUGAAAUUAAUUAAUAUUCUACUGAAAGAAAGCAUUCCACAAACGUUUCAGCUGUGUAACGAUUCUAUAUCGGACCUUUUGUAUCAUUUGUGUACAACCCAGAAUGAUUUUACGCGUGAUCGAUUGGAAGCAGUUUUGGCAUGGAUUCAACGACUGUUUGAACGCUAUCAUCAAAAUCAGACCAAUAAAUUCGUUUUGCAUGCCACCAACCCUUACAGUGGAUUUAUCAAAUGUCUUGCCUCUAUUCUGUGGCAGGCUUAUGCUAUCGAUUUAAUCCCUGACCUACCCAGUAUGAUUACCAAGGAACUGUUCGAAACUCUUUACGAUUGGAAUCAAGAACUUGAGCAUGACGAACCUCUGAAGAAAGCUAUCGAUGCUGUGUUAUGUUCAAUUUGUUGCAUACGACCGGAGUUAUUUACCAUGCUGUUGAAGCGAAUGGGUGUGCUGGUUCCGAAUCUGUCAACCGACUUGACUGCUUCGAUUUCCGAUGACCGGAAAGAUGGCGAGUGUAUUACCGAUGACAUCAAACAGGAAGAAUCGGAUGCUGCCGAAUGGUAUAGCCAUUUAGUGAUAGAGGAUCUUUCCCGGCUCAAUUUGUCCAAGUCGCAGUUAUCGACUAUUUCAAUGGCCUGUCAAUCGCCUCUGGCCGUGCAACAGCUGAUCGACUCUGGUUUACCAAAUUUGCUGACAUCCGUUAUAUUGGAGUUUUGUCAUCGUGCGCUAAGUGUCAGUCAGACCCAGAGGAGCAAUUCAACUUCCGGCAGCGUAGAACGAGAUAAUCGUGAGAAGAUUGACGAAGAAGAUCUUGCCGGUUGCAAAGUACCGAAAGAAUCGAAUUCGUGUAUGACCGAUGCUGACAAAGAACAUCAUAAAUAUUCCGGUCACAAUUCAAGAGAAUUGACAUAUCCAAUGAUAGGUAUAAAAAAGGUAACCGAAAUUUUGGAAUUCUUUACGGAAAUAUGCUCCGAGGGUCAUAUGCGUGACUGGCUUGGAGGCUUCGAGGGUUCAAUUUUCUGGGAACCAAUUCUGUUGCUGUUGUGCAACAACAAACUACCUAAUAAUGCACUGGAAGUGACACCUCAAGCCUGCCUCGAUUUAGAAGAAUGCCUUAUUAAGUUCCUUUCAAAUGUCACUUCCUGCCAUCCAAGGAACCAGGAAGUACUCACUGUAAACCUCAUUUCCGUUAUAAGAAAGUCUGAAUCGAAUGUUAGCAGUAGCAGUUCGACCACCGCUGAUAAUAAUUCUGCUAGUUGCACCGGCAUCAACAACCGGAUUAACAAUGGCUCCAAGUCCUGUAUAUCAGGAUUCACUCGCAGAUUAGUACUGCAGAUAUUGUUGGAAAGCGAGAAAAUUAUGAUCGCUGUUCAAAGUGACUUACCGUUACAAAGUAAAGAGCCAAAUUUGUAUAACGUGAGUAACCAUCCCUCAAAACGGUCAAACGCACAUUUCCUGUUGUUCUACUUGAGUGCCAACUCGAAAUGUCAGGAAAUCUUGGAUCAUUGUGCAACGGUUUACAAUCAAAUCAUACCGAACCUACCGUCGGAUAGUCGCAUGAAUGAAGUGCUAGCAGGAUCUUCCAAUAUGAUUCAUAUGCCCGGUAGUAACGAUAGCCGAAAGGAAUUGUGGGAAAUGGGACUGGGGAUGGAGUUUCUUAGUGUUGCAGCCGGUGUCACUGCUAAAGAUAAGCGCUUGAAGGAGGCUAAAAAUCAGGCAACUACAAUGAAACAAAAAGACAUCAUGUCAAUGUUUAAAAUGAAAGUUGAUGAUACGAAAAUCAAUACUCCGGAUGGCGUUGUGCUGACGCAUUCAGCUGUACCUAAUGGAUUGAUAACGAGUGAUGCAACAAUUUCUCAGAUUCUGGCUAUGCUAAAAUCUGUUGAUGUGUCCCUAUCGACGCCAUGUAUUAAUUUGAAUUUGAUCGAAUCUAAAAAUAAGUCCGACAUUGAUCUUACCUGUGAAAGUGGCAGCCCAUCGCACGCAACUCCAAUUCUUAAAGCGGCGGAUUUCAUUCCACUUGCUUCACCGCUGCAAAUUUUCUCCAGUCGCGGAGGAUUGUCUUUGCUUGCCCACUAUUUACCGACAGUCUAUCCAGAAACUCCAAAAGCCCAACAACAAUUUGGAGACAAAGAUAAAAGCCCGCCCGGUAACGAGUGGGUAAAAGUGGAACAGAAUGAGGAGAUCUAUGAGGACUUGGACGAUAUUUUAGCGGAAAACUCCCCCAAAACGCAAGCAAUUUCUGCGGUUCCGCAACAUUCGUUGGCGGCAUUUGCACUGUUUUUAAAACUGCCAGCCUAUUCGGAGGUACUGCUUCGAGAUAAACUUCGUGCGCAAUGUUUGUUACGUCUAAUUCUUGGAGUCACCGGGGACGGUGAAGGGAACGAAAUAUACAGUUUAGCGCUUUCGUCUUCACUACCAACUCUCCCGUUCGAAGUGUUCCGGCAGCUGUUGGACAGCUCACCAUUAACUACAGAUGAUGGAGUGUUGCUACGACGAAUGGUCAUCGAAGUUGGUGCUGUUCAUCUUGUGCUGAACUGUUUGAGUAUUUUUACGCAUCAAAACAGUAGAAGCUCUGGAAGUAAUUCAAGCUCUUCGGAAAACAUUCAAGCAACAGCCAGCAAUAAAUCUGCAACAACCGCCACCAGUGGAAUCAAUGCCGAUGAUCAACUAAACUCAGACGACAAAAGCCACAUGUACUGGGCGAAAGGAACCGGCUUCGGAACAGGCUCAACGCAACAAUCGUGGAACGUAGAACAGGCUCUACUUCGUCAAAAAAGCGAAGAGGAACAUGUGACUGUUUUGCUACAGGUUCUAUCAAGCUAUAUUAACCCUGGUGAUAAAAUUCCGAGCAACCUAGAAAGCGAGGAACUGAGUUACCGCGAAUGUAGUGAAACACUACCUGAGCUACCUCCUAUAUUUCUCGACUUGUUGCAGCAGUCCUGUUUGAUUCCUGCUCUGAGUUCGUACCUAAGAAAUGAUUCAGUUUUGGACAUCACACGGCACAUUCCCUUGUACCGAGCAAUUCUCCAACUUUUGCGAGCUAUUUCACUCUCUAACCAAUUGGUCUCACUGUUGGUAAACAGAAACAACGAAGGCAAGAUCUCAAUUGCUUCACUACUGUCUAACAUGAAGGCUUGUGUAGACACUUAUGCCAGUCGACUAAAAGUAAACAAGAAGUCUAACUUGAAAGGUCAAACGCAAAAGAUCACUGUAAGUCUAGACGAUGGGGACGACGAAGGACUAGCGCUGCUAAUACCGGACAUUCAGGAAACAUCAAUAUUAGUGCAAAGUGCAACUAAUUUGGAGAACACUAUCACUGAGGAGGAAAAGAAAGAAUAUAUCCAACGACCUGUUGCGAAAUCCGUCGAGGAUAAAUAUUUGGAGAUAAUGAAAGCGCUUCAAUUCGACACGCACGAAAUGAUAGCAGAAACCGACAACGGUUACCGUUUCACGAUUUCUCACCAUUUCGAAACCAACGUACGCAUGGCCGGUGACAGGGGUCAUCCCGGACGGGUGAAACGAUUGGCACAGGAAACAGUGACACUUUCCACCAGUCUACCACUGUCGUAUAGUAGUUCUGUCUUCGUGCGAUGUGAUACCGAUCGUUUGGAUAUAAUGAAAGUCCUUAUCACUGGCCCAGCUGACACACCGUACGCGAAUGGCUGCUUCGAGUUUGACGUCUACUUUCCACCCGAUUAUCCGAACUCUCCGAUGAUGAUCAAUUUAGAGACGACCGGUCGAAACACGGUUCGGUUCAACCCAAACCUGUACAAUGACGGCAAGGUGUGUUUAUCUGUUCUGAAUACCUGGCACGGUCGGCCAGAGGAAAAAUGGAACGCGCAUACGUCGAGCUUUCUCCAGGUUCUUGUAUCGAUUCAAAGUCUCAUAUUGGUUCCCGAGCCGUACUUCAAUGAGCCUGGCUUCGAGCGGAGUCGAGGUACACCUAGCGGAACGCACAGUUCCCGAGAGUAUAAUAGUAAUAUCUAUCAAGCGUGCGUACGAUAUGCUAUGCUCGAACAGCUUAAAAACCCGUGUCCCUGCUUUAAAGAUGUCAUUCACGCACAUUUCUGGUUAAAACGGAACGAAAUCUGUGUGCAAAUCGAGAACUGGAUCGCCGAGCUUAGUAAACCUUUACAAAACGAAAGAACCGGACGGACGAUUUCCUUCAACGCAAUGGUUCUGCGAAGGCAAUACCGGCAGCUACGGGAAGAACUGGCAAAGCUGGCAGCGCCAGACGGGCUAGAAGAAAUUGACUACCCGUUCAAUGCUGGUCUUACACCAACGACGCCAUCCACUUUUCCAGCGGACACCACCAGUAGUGCAACUGAUUCACCACCGGAAAAGCUUGCUGCGGAGGAGAAAGAAAAUAUGGCCGUGGAUUUGGACACGAAUCAAGAAGCAAUCGACAUCAACGUUCAAUAUGAACCAGAUGAGAUCAUUGUUAAACCGGAUGCAGAAGAAGAGGAAGAAGAUGAAGCUGGUAGCAAUAGCAACGAUAAGGGACUCAGCAUUCCGGAUGAAGUUCAGGAUGACAAUCCAGAUUUGUCACCGGAAGAGAUAGUGUUAUCAAUGGUGUGGUAAGUUUCAGAACACUAUGUUGUGGCGUAUGUCGUGAAUAUCACGAUACCCUAGUUGGCAUGAACAAAAUAAUCUGCGAGUAAUUUCUUCACAGAAAAAUCAGAAGAUAUUAUACCAGUGCAGAGUCCAUUCGCUUCAUGCAUAGGUUUUAGUAACCAGUCUAAGUUUAUGAUAUUUUCGGUAUCCCACAGAUUCAAGUUAAACAGGUUGCUCAACACCUUUGACCUUCCUACCGUUAAUUAUGGGCUGGUGAAGAAAUGAGCCGAAUGAUAUCAGGUUCAUGUUCGAAAAAUCCAAGUUGAUUACAUAGUAAGAAAAUUACCAGCAAAACAAGUAGAAAACUACCUUCGCAUACUGAAACAAGAGCACCAAGCUUGACUAUUGAAGGCGAUAUCAAUUGAAUUGAUGAUGUGAAUGCUUAACGUUAAUAUUAAACAAAAAUAAAUACUUAGCCAUACUGAUAAUGAAACAAAACAAACGGAUUAUUCCAAUUUUGUUCAAAUAAUCGAUUUUAGGGAAAUGUUUAUUUAUUUAUCGAACCCUGAGAACUACGAUUUACAGCAGUAACAAACGCUUUCAUUUUCUGCGUACUGGAUUCUUUGGGGUCUUAGUUUUAUCUAUAUAUCGCUCAUUUCCGAGUUCUUUGUAUGAACACCUUUAAUUCGUUAAAAUUUGAAUAAUUUUCAACAAACUGAUACGCUUUUGAAUUGUUUUAGUAAAUAAAACUACAUAUUGCUUAUUGUGACAAUUUCCAAAACAUCCCCAGUGGAACGGAAGAAAGGGACUAUAACAAUAUAAUAGGACUGCGAUUUAAAUGUUCAAGGCAACAAAAAUACUUUAGCUGUAAAAACCCAAACAAUACAAAUAAAGCCGAAAUUAUACAAAAAAAAAACUUAUCUUAUAUAAAUAUUAUUAUACUGCACUAGUAAUACAGGAUAAAACAAUUGGA